AUGAUAGAAGACUUCUUAUGCAAUUCAUAUUGAUGCCCUUCUUCAUCGGUAACUUUAACAUAGAAAGGAGAUGGAAUUUGCGAUCCUAACUGUAUGGUUUCAUUUUGCAAUUUUGAUUCAAAUUCAACUACAAACCCAAUGAUAAAUCCUAAAAAUUCAGAUUGUUAUCAAUCAUGCAUAAACGAUUACUCUUGCUUACCUUCUAAUCUUGGAAAUGGAGUUUGCGAUCAAAAUUGCAAUAAUCCUAUUUGUGGCUAUGAUUUAGGAGAUUGUGGGUACUGUUCUUCAGACUGUAAAGGCUAUUUAGGUUUCCAAGAUGAUUUAAGCACAGGCUGUUCUGAUUCUUGUGAUAAUAAAAAUUGCUAUUUUGGUUUAGGAAUUUGUAAUGAUUGCUCACCUGGCUGUAGCCGAGAAAUGCUUGGAGAUGGGAUUUGUGAUAAAUCUUGCAAUGUUUUUUCUUGCAAUUAUGAUUUUGGAGACUGCACGAAUAAUCAAUGUAGCCCAGACUGUGAACUUUGAAUGAUAGGAGACAAUAAUUGCAAUAGUGAGUGCAAUAACCUAUCUUGCAAUUGAGAUGGUGGGGAUUGUGACUGUUCUCAAGGCUGUCACUCUUAUAUGGAAUCAAAUGGAGUUUGUAAUACAGCUUGUGAUACACCAGCUUGUGAUUAUGAUGGAGGAGACUGCCAAAAAUGUGCUCCAGGCUGCUUAAAGUCUAUGCUUGGAGAUGGAGUGUGCAAUUCUGCUUGUAAUGUAAGCGAUUGCCAUUAUGAUAAUUAUGAUUGUGGCUGUGCUGAUGGCUGCAGCAUAGCAAAUUAUGGACAAUGCCAAGACUCCUGCAUGAAUUCAUUUUGCCGAUAUGAUACUAUUAGUAGCACUUCUCAAUGCCAAAACUCAAACCAGAUUUUAUUCGCCUUACAUUAUGGGUUUAUUUUUAAAAAUCUUACGAUCAAUGUAAGCCCAGAUAACUGUACAAGUGUAACAAGCUGUUUAUCUACUGAAGUUCUUGAUCCAAGCUCUUGCCAUACAAAUUGUAAGAAAUCCUCUUGCAUCAAUUCGUGAAAUAUGUGUGCGACCAAUACCUGUGCUGAUUCUAAUUGCUUAAUUUGCAAUACAAAAAGCUUAGGAGAUUGUUUUAAAUGCAGCAUAAGUACUUAUCAGUUUUAUGGUUAUUGCCUUACUAGAUGCCCAGGUGGCCAUGAAGCUGUUAAUUUACUAGGAAAUUAUCCUGCUUGUUUACUUCCUAUCGAUUACUCGACAAAUGAUAACCCAGCAGUCUAUUACGUGACUUCACAAAACACAACUGACAUCUAUGGCGGAAAUGGGACUCUUAUCAAUCCUUAUACUUCUAUUUCUCUGGCUCUUGCUUCAAUUUAUAAUAAAUACGCAAUCAUUUAUCUAUUAAAUGAUGGAGAUUAUUAUUUUAUCUGUUUGAAUACGUCAAAUCCUGUUAGUACCACAUUGGUUGAUGUCUGCAACCCUCUGAACAGAAGUUUCAACUUAGCAAGCCUCCUAAUUACUUCUUAUGACAAUUCCACAAUUAUGAUUAAAACAAAGCCAGAAGCCAGAUUCCCCACAAUUACAAUAACAAAUUCUACAACCCUUACAAUAAAAAAUGUUGUUUUCAGCGGAAAAGAUAUUUUCUGAAAUUGUUCAUCAGAGACAAAUACUUACUGUUCUUAUUGUGGCAAUAUUACAUUUAAGUCUGAUGGAUAUUACAGUGAUCAAGGCACCAAAGUUUCUAGUUAUAUCCCCCAGUCGAUUUGCAACACUGGUCAUUCAAGAACUUUAUUUAAUAUGUAUUUGAAUUCCAAGCUAGUUCUGAGAAAUGUCAACUUUACUGACUGGAGAAUGGAGCUAAAAUCACUUAUAACCAGCUAUGGAGGAAAUAUCACACUCAAUAAUGUAAAUUUUGAUAAUAUCAGGUGCUAUUGAACAGUUACAUUCACAACGCAGCCAGGUCAAAACCCCCCACCUCAAGGUAAGGACUCAGUAAUAUAUUUUCUGGAUUGUGGAGAUCCUAAUUAUAAUUGUGGAAGCUUUGAGUAUACAAACGGAGUGGUUUCAAGGCUUAAUAAUGGCUAUGAAUAUGGGUCAGCACAAUUUUCAGGAUUUUUAAGUGCAGAUAAAAUCAGAAAUGUAAAACUGAAAAAUGUGACUUUUGUUAACAAUGUUGUAUAUACCCCUUAUGUCGUAUCUAAUACUUAUUCUCUUAUAAAAUUAGCGCUAUUCAGAUCAAUUGAGAUUUCUCAUUGUGUUUUUGAUAAGAAUAUUGCUAAUUAUGGGCUUAUUUAUUUGUUUCCGACAACAUUGGCGUUUAGGAACGAUGUUAAUUCUCAUGGAGAGCUGAUUGAUUUAUUACUUUAUCAUGUUUAUAUACAUGAUACAACUUUUAAAAAUAAUUUUGGACAAUAUGCAGAAAUUUUGUCAAUUACUUAUCUGAAUCAAUUACAAAGGAUUUUAUUGGAAAAUUUAUUUAUCAAUGGAAAUGGAGUGUUGUCUGGCCCUUUGAUAUCAAUCAACAAUAAUUAUUAUUCUUCUCAAUAUAUUGCUGAUACAAUUAUAACUAUAAAUGAUACAAAAGGAAAUAUUGUUGAUACUACAUUUAAGAAACGAGAUUUUAUUUUUAAGAAUUCAAUUAUUACAAAUAAUUACUCAGGUGGAUAUGGAAUUUUUGCUAUAACUCAACUAUUCAACAUGCGUUUGCAAAAUCUGACUGUAGAAUCUAAUGGAAGCCUGGACAUUCAAAAUAUCAAUACGAUCCUAUGAAGUUACUAUGUAGCUGAUAGCAAUUUAUACACAAACAUACUUGUUUCCAGUCCAGCUAAUAUAGAUUGUCUUGCCUUGUGGUCUGCUUCCUCUUGCUAUAAUCAUGAAAUAUCAGAAAGUACAUUUAUAAAUAAUAUUUGUAAAUACAAUAGUCCAUCUAUAUAUUAUUAUCAAGUCCAGAAUGCUAAUUUUACUGAUAUUACUUUUGAAAGAAAUAUAGGCGCUUCUUGGUAUGGGAUUUGCAUAGUAACUCAAAAUGCAGGAGAUGUAAGAAUUUCUAGUUCGGCAUUCAAUAAUAAUACAAAUAGUCUUGCCCAAGGCUGUGGAGCGUUGAGUUUUAUUGAUAGCCUGACAAGUGUAGUUAUAGAAGAUACGAUAAUAUCAAAUAAUUCUGCAGGCUAUAAUCCUGGCAUUUAUUUUUCAGAUGGCUCAUUACUACUGAACAAUGUGACUGUUGUGUCAAAUACAGCCAGUUCAGGGCUUGGAGCUAUCUAUUUUUCACUUUACACAGCAGAAACCCAUGAAAUAAAAAUAACAAAUUCAGUAUUUAAAGAAAAUAUCAGUCUUGACGCUAAAGGAGGAGCGAUAUUUAUAUCUGGCUACAUAUUAUCCCAAGAUCCAAUUUCUUUGUAUUUAAAAGACAAUUUGUUUAUCUCUAAUUGAGCACCAAGCGGUUCAGCAAUAUAUAUAGAUAGCAACGUUGUUCUUUCAAAUAACUCUAUUAUAGAAUCCUGCAAAUUUAUGUAUAACACUGCUGAAUCCAAAGGAACGAUUACAAAUUUAUUUCAAUAUGGAAUUCUUAAUAUCUCGGAUUCUUUAUUUGUUGCCAAUUAUGCUGAACUUGGCUCAGCUUUAUUUUUUUCGAGCUCAGAAGAGUCAAAUCCUGAAAAAUCUAAAAUGAUUCUGACUUCAUGCAAUUUUACAGAAAAUUCAGGGAAAAAUGUGUUGUGUACUGAUGAUAUGGCGAUUUAUUCUUAUAUUGAGACUGUUAAAUGCAUUUUUCAAAAAAAUGAAGGACUUGCUAUUUCACUUAUUCAUGAUUAUUGGAAAGACACUGAGUCUAUUAUAGCAAAUUCUACAAUGACAGCAGGGACUGUUUAUUUGGCCUCAAAUGCUACUGCUGAUUGUGAAUUGACAAGUUUUACGAACAAUACUUCAACAAAAUAUGCAGGGGCAAUCAGAGCUGAAGGCAGCUCAUAUUUUCACUGCAGCUACUGCAAUUUUUACCAAAACAGUGCUAAAUAUGGAGGAGUCCUUUAUUUUGACCAAUUAUCUUAUUUUAAUAUUGAAAAUUCAAAAUUUAGCAAUAAUUUUUGUACUGAUAAAGGCGCAGUUAUAUAUGUGAUCGGAUCAGAUGAACAUUGCGUUUUGAAAAGUUCUAAACUGUUUAAUAAUUAUGCAGAAUCAGAAGGCUUAAUAUACUCUCUUACAUCGAACAUUAAAAUAGAUAAUUGUCAAAUUUUUGAUAACACUGCUAAUAGAAUUACCCCAGGAAUUUAUUUGACGCUCUCAAAUGCCACAAUCACCAAUUCCCAAUUUCAUGAUCAGGAAGGUAAUUAUGGAAGCUUUAUCUAUUUAGCUUCUGACAGCUGAUUAACUGUUAUGAAUUCAAGCUUUAAAAAUGGAAAAUCUUAUGCUUCUGGUGGCUCAAUAUAUGCUCUUUCAAGCUCUUUAACCCUAGAUAAUACUGUAUUUGAAAAUUCAGUUUCCACUACUGGAAACGCAAUAUUAGCUUUUUCAACAAAUCUAAAUAUAUCUCAAUCCCAAUUCUUAAACACCUACAGUUCAGGUUCUGGAGGAGUUAUAAACAUUUUUGGUAAUGAUAUUUUAAUUGAAAAAUCGAUUUUUGAAAAUUUUACGUAUUCAGCGAUUGAUGGCACAGAAAUCGAAUCUUUAACGAUUACAGAAACGAGCUUUAAAAACAGUGCAGGGAAAGUGGGAGGAGCAGCAGCCAAAACCUACCUGAUACGCAUCUCUUGGGCCUGUACUUGAUUCUUGACUUGGAAUCCGUCCCAGUUCGCUGUAGCCAUAAGGUCUGGAUUGUUCCGCCUAGAGGGCAGGCCGACAUAUGUCCCCAUUUUAAUGUAUAAGUGGGAGGAGCAAUCAGCUGCGCAAAUACUGAUUAUGUUUAUAUUGAUUCUUGCAAUUUCGAAAAUAAUACAUCACUCUAUGGUGGAGCUAUAUACUCUACUUUUACAUCUAAUACAAUUAAUAGCCAGCCUUAUGAAAUCAUUUCUACUAAGUUUUUAAAUAAUACAUCAUCAGCAGGUGGGGCAAUUUUUUUGGACAAUAUAAAUAUUAAUAUUAAAUCCUGCGAAUUUUACAAUAAUACAGCAUGGAAUAUUUUGCAACUGAUUGAAAAUACGCAUGAAUCAGGAAUAGGAGGAGCGAUAAAGUUAGGCUGUAGCUAUUCAGGAAUAUGCAGUUUUAAUGUGUUUUCUAAGAGUGAAGAUGAAAGAUGUACGCCUAAUUUUUACAGCUGACCUUCAAGCCAUCAAAAAUAAGUGAAAAUUUUAAAAAACAUGUAAAAAGUUACAAAUAGAAAAUUUUUUUCAAAAAGUACGCGGUAAAAGAAAAUAUGUUCAUAAGGAUAUAUAAUAAUAAAUAAAGAAAUUAAUAAUUUCAUAUAUACCAAUAAGCAUAUUUUCUUUUGUUGUGUCCCUAGGUUUGACAGUGCGAAAAAAAUCAUGUACACUUUUGCACUAUGGUUUUAAAAAAUUCUAUUUAUGCCUUUUUGCAUUUUUAUGUUUGCAAAACUGCUAAAAAAAUUAACUGUACAGUUUUCAUUUUGAACCAUUUUCUAAUAAUUUUACAGGAAAUUCAGCAGGAUAUGAAGGAGGAGCAAUAGUUUGAAGAGAAGUCAUGCCAAAAUUUGAAAAUAAUUUAUUUGAAAACAAUGAAGCUAAAUAUGGAGAAAAUAUAGCUUCAUAUCCUGUUAGCAUGAAAAUUAUGAAUUUAAAUUGGGAUGGCGGAUUAGCUGAUUUGGCUUCUGGGCAGUUAACUACAACUCCACUAGUUAUUGGCCUCAUUGAUCAUUUAGGUUCAGUUGUUACCACUGACUAUUCUAGUGUCGGCGAAUUAAUAUCUCUUUCACAAGGUGUAGUUUUAUCAGGCGAACUUAAAGUUACAGCCAUCAGCGGAAUUUUUACUUUUUCUUCAUUUGUAAUUUCUGCGGAGCCUGGCAGCAAUUUUGCUAUAGAAAUUCAAACAAAUGGAAUUGAUGCAUCCAAAAGUAUAAAAGCGAACGAUGGGAUUAAUUAUCAAUCAAGUAUCCUUGUAGAUGUAGCUUUAAGAAGUUGUGUUUUAGGAGAAGCUACGGUUGGGGUUAAUUGUGUCGUUUGUCCAAAAGAUUUUUAUAGCUUAAACCCAAUGAAUGAGCAGUGUUUAGCAUGUCCUGAUGAGGCAAUUUGUUAUGGAAACUACACAAUGGUGCCUAAGCCGGGCUAUUGAAGGUCUGAUAUGCUAAUCUGGUUAUCAUUUAAAUUUUUAUUUUGGACAUCAUUAGUGUUUUUCAAUAAUUUUGGGUUCAUCUAUACUUUUGUAAAUUCCAAAAAUUUGUCGUAAUUGAAUCAAAUAAAUGAUCAAUAUAAUAUAGCGGAGUAAGCAUAAAAUUUUGGUCUUGCCCUAAUUCAAAAGCUUGCAUUGGCUCUGAUCCUCAAAAUAUUUCUUACACAGGAGACUGCAAAAAAGGAUAUACUGGAAAUUUAUGCCAAAGCUGUUCUGAAGGUUACUCUAAGAUAAUGAAAAAUGAAUGCGCAAAAUGCCAAAAUCUUUCUAUAAUUAUCAUAAAAAUAUCAGGAAUUGGGCUUGGAUUUCUUAUACUUUGCUGGCUAAUGGUAAGAAUGUCAAAGAAUUCCGCAUAUAAGCCUAAAUCUCUUUCAAGUGUUUAUAUAAAAAUAUUCAUCAAUUAUAUCCAGCUUAUAGCACUAACCACAACUUUUAGUCUAUCCUGGCCAAGCUACGUAAAGCACCUAUUUUCUGUACAAAAUAACGCAAGCUUUAUAAGUGACCAAAUUUUUUCUUUUGAUUGUCUCUUAUAUUACAAUGAAGAUUUGAAGGGAGAUGAGUCAGACAUUUUUUAUCAAAAAUUAUUUGUCAUGGCUAUUUUACCAAUUUUUAUUCCAUUUAUCGCAGCUAUUUGUUGAUCUUUUAUAUUACUAUUAAAAAAAAACUGUGCUUUGCUGGUGGAUCAUAUUGUGACCACUUCAAUUAUUGUAUCCUUUUUAGUCCACCCAAGCUUAAUAAAGUAUUAUUUUAGCUCUUUUGAUUGUACUGAGCUUGAUUAUGGCAAAGAUUGACUGGUUGAUGACUUGAAUUUAAGGUGCUGGGACAGUCAGCAUGUGUUUUAUAUAACUGCUAUUUCUUUUCCAGCUAUUCUGCUGUGGGGAAUCGGGAUACCAACAACUUGCUUAUUUUUAAUUAUGAAAAAUAAGGACAGACUCAACGAUAUAAACAUCAGGAUCAAAUAUGGAUUUUUAUUUAACGGGUAUAAAAGCAGAAGCUAUUAUUGGGAAUUUGUGAUCAUUUAUAGAAAAAUAAUAAUAAUUUGCUGCACUGUGUUUUUGGCAACGGUAUCUGUCAACAUCCAAGCUCUUACGACUCUUUUCGUAUUAGUAGCCUGCCUGUAUUUCCAUUGCAAAAUAAAACCUUAUAACGGGGACGAUUUAAACAGACUUGAAGCCAUUUCUAUUUCAGCCUCCGCAAUCACAAUUUAUUGUGGAAUGUAUUAUUUAACUAAAUCUCUCGACCAAUUCACUGAGCUCCUAUUUUUUAUCGCCAUUAUUUCAGCAAAUUCGUAUUUUGUGAUUUAUUGGGGUUUUAAAGCUGGAAAUGCCUAUCUCACCAUGAUAGUCGAAAAAAUCCCUUAUUUGAAGAAAAAAUUCCACACUCAAAACUACAAUAUUAUGAGCGAUGCUUCUUUUAGAGAAGAUAAAACUAGCAGAAUCGGGGAAUCUUCACGUGAACUAAUCCUAAGUUCUAUUAAAAGGGAAAAUUUAAACCCUCAAGGGGUGAUUUUCAAAGACUUCAACAUGAUGAAGCUGUUUUUACGAAAUUUGAAAGGAAAUAUGACAAUUAAUGAUAAAAAUUUUGAAAAUAUUGUCGAAAAAGAUAAAAUUGAAGAAAAGAAAAACAUUGAAGAAGGUGACAUUCAAGAAAUAAACAUAGAUGAAAACAGUUUUGAAGUAAAAUUCGUUGAGGCUAAUCACGCAGAAGAGAGCAAUUAUGAAGAAGUUAGUGUAGAUGAAGUGAAAAUUGAGGAAGAAGAAAAAAUUGAUGUGGAUGAAAUUGUUAUAAUCGACCCGUUUUUAACAAAAGCAGGGUCAAGCGAUUUCUCAUUAAUCGUAGAUGAUCUAUAA